AUGAACACGAGUACAACUACAGCGACAUCUCCUAAGUUACCUAAAGAAACCCUCCAAGAAACGAAGAUUACAUUAGGAACAACAAGGGUAAGAUGCAGUGAAUCAUCCAUAACUACGGAAGCAAUAGCAAAUAUAGAAGAUGACAAACAGAAUAAACAAAAGGAAAAUACAUAUGAAUGGGAUGAUGAAGAUAAAUUACUCAAAUUCCCAGAUGGUGGACCAAGGGCAUAUCUAUCACUUUUCGGUUCAAUGUGUGGAUUAAUAACAGUAUUUGGUGUUUUAAAUAGUGUUGGUGCAAUACAAGCUUAUUUGCAAGAAAAUCAAUUGAAAAAUGAAAAAAAUUCAACAAUAUCUUGGAUAUUUGCUAUUUACACUUUUACCUUAUUUUUUAGCUGCAUUUUUUGUGGAUGUUACUUUGAUAGGAAUGGUUGUUCCAAGAUAAAUUAUUUAGCUUCAAUAUGCUGUAUUGUUGGAAUUUUUUGUAUGGCUGAGUGCACCAAGGUCUACCAAUUUAUACUAAGUUUUAGUAUAUUGUUUGGAUUUGGUAGCGGCAUUUUAAUGACUAGUUUAAUUAGUUGUGUCGCAACAUUUUUUAAAAAAAAAAGAGGAAUUGCUAAUAGUAUCGCUUCAUUAGGUGGAUCAAUUGGUGGCAUUGUAUUUCCAAUUAUGUUACGUAAAUUAUAUUCUUUGAUUGGAUUUGCCAACGCAAUUAGAGUGUUGGGAGGUAUAGUUACGUUCACCUUAAUUAUAUCACUCUUCUUAACAAGCGAAAAUCCAUUAGUUAUGAAUUAUGUACAAUCUGAUAAUCAUACCAAAGGUUACGUGGGUUGGAUGAAAAAGCUAAAAAUUUAUUUGAAAAAUUCAAUUGACGUAAAGUCUAUUUUUAACUAUAGAAAUCCCAAAUUUUUAUUCUGUUAUUUAGGUUGUGCAUUUGCUGAAAAUGGAUUAACGGUGUCAGCAACUUAUUUUGCAUCUUAUUGUAUCACGAGGGGCGUUUCUCAAUCCAAAGCUUACUCAUUAGUGACUGUCAUUAAUGCCUUUGGUGUCUUGGGAAGAAUCUCCGGCUACAUUGCGGACAAAUAUACGGGUAAAUUUCAAAUGCUAGUCAUAUCUUUACUAUUAAUCACUAUUUUAAAUUUUGUAAUGUGGCUACCAUUUGGAUACGAUCUAAAGGUAUUGUAUGCUUAUUCUGCUUUAUAUGGAUUUGUAUGUUCCUCAAUAUUGUCAUUAACUCCUGUAGCUAUAGGUCAGAUUUGUAAAAUUGAAGAGUUUGGCGUAAAAUAUGGUACCAUGUAUUUUAUUACUGCUCUGCUAAGUUUACCUAUUAUUGAGAUUGGUGGGGUUAUUAUUGGGAAUGGUCAAUCCAUUGCUAGCUACAAUAAAUUUAUAAUUUAUUGCACAAUACUAAAUCUUAGUAGUGGUAUAUGUUAUGCAAUUAGUAGGAUACAAACUAUUGGAUUUAAAAAGGGUAAAUUUUAA